AUGGGUAAGCCAAACGGGUGGCUAAAGCUGCUCAACACCCUCCAGCUCUCGAAAGACUACAAUGUCAAACCAGCCGGGCUCACCUGGAGGUCGAAUACCUUCUUCAUCGUCGCGACCGUCGGCAUCGGUCUCUUCACCGAUACCUUCCUCUAUGGCCUGAUUGUCCCGGUCCUACCAUACAUGCUCCAAGAUCGUGUCGGCGUACCAGCAGAACAAGUCCAGAGCCUGGUUUCAGGACUACUCGCAGCUUAUGCCGCUGCAAGCGUGGUCUUCUCGCCCUUGGCUGGACUUCUUGCCGAUAAGAUCUCCUCGAGACAGGCGCCUUUCCUUGCAGGUCUCCUAGCUCUGCUGGCAAGCACGAUUCUGCUCUUUUUGGGCAGCACCGUUCCAAUCCUCAUUCUUGCAAGAGUACUGCAAGGUAUUAGUGCCGCAUUCGUUUGGACCAUUGGCCUUGCCCUAUCCUUGGAGACUGUCGGACCGGAGAACCUGGGCAAGACCAUUGGAAGUAUCUUCAGCUUCAUCUCUGUCGGCGCUCUUGCAGCUCCGGUCCUAGGUGGCGUGUUAUAUGACAAGGUCGGCUUCGAGGGUGUAUUUGCGCUUGGCUCUACAAUUCUGGUAGUUGACUUCAUCAUGCGAUUGCUCGUCAUUGAAAAGAAGACGGCGCUCAAGUAUGAAGUCGACGACCCGAGUACUGACGAGGCAGGCGAGGAGCAGGCGCUACUUGGCGGCAAGCACCCCGACAACGAAUACUAUCGCCUUAAAACGCGGGAGGAGUAUGGAGGCCUAACUCGCUACAUAUCUCUCCUGCCAUGUCUAUCUGACCCGAUGCUGCUCACUGCGCUACUGAUAGCACUCAUUCAGGCCCUGCUACUCGGCUCUUUCGACUCUACCAUUCCCAUCGUGGCGAGCAAGCUUUUUGGCUUCUCUUCCCUGGAAUCGGGCCUCAUGUUCAUACCCCUUGGAAUAGCGGACUUGGCACUUGGACCUGUUCUUGGCUGGUGCGUUGACCGAUACGGUACGAAACCUGUUGCUGUCCUCAGUUUUGGCUUCCUCGUCCCAGUUCUGAUCUGUCUUCGAAUCCCGCAUGAAGGUGGCAAGGAUCAGAUCGCCAUCUAUGCCGUUCUCUUGGGCCUCUGCGGUGUCGGUCUUGCUGGUGUCGGUUCACCUUCCAUCGUCGAGGCCGGAGCAGUCGUCCAGAAAUACUAUGAAGUUAAUCCGGACUACUUCGGAGAACAGGGCCCGUAUGCACAGCUGUAUGGCCUGUCGAACAUGGUAUUCUCUUUCGGCCUCACCGCGGGACCUGAGCUUGCUGGUGAACUGAGGCAAAAGAUUGGGUAUGGCAACAUGAACCUUGUGCUCGCAGGAAUCUGCUUGAUCACCAGUGUCUUGUCCUACAUUUACAUUGGCGGUAGGCCGCGACUUCUCAGGAGGAGCAAGCGUAAUACCUACCGGGGCAGGAAAAGGCCAUAA